GAAGGCUUCCGAGAGAAGCUAAGUUUAUGGAUCCAGAGAACUGUCCCAGGGCCCCCAAAGGCUUCUGAAUAUGGACAGACCUGUGAGGCCAAGAUUGAACUCCCUCAGUGACUUUCAGUUUGGGGCUGUUGCCACAGAAACCAUUGAAGACGCCCUGCUUCACUUGGCCCAGCAGAAUGAACAAGCAGUGCAGGAGGCUGGGGGACGGAUGGGCAGCUUCAGGAAGACCCGGAUCGUGGAGUUUAUUUUUCUCCUGUCUGAACAAUGGUGUUUGGAGAAAUCUGUGAGCUAUCAAGCUGUAGAAAUCCUAGAAAGGUUUAUGGUUAAGCAGGCAGAGAACAUCUGCAGGCAAGCCGCAAUCCAGCUGAGAGGCAAUGAGAAGAUAGAAUCUCAGAAUUGGAAGGCUCUGAAAGAGCAGCUUUUCAAUAAGUUUAUCCUUCGUUUGGUGUCAUGUGUUCAGCUGGCCAGCAAACUUUCCUUCCACUACAAAAUAAUCAGCAACAUUACGGUCUUGAAUUUCCUCCAGGCUUUGGGGUAUCUAUACACUAAAGAAGAACUGCUAGAGUCAGAACUUGAUGUUUUGAAGUCCCUGAACUUCCAAAUAAAUCUGCCCACUCCUCUGGCAUAUGUAGAGAUGCUUCUUGAGGUUUUAGGAUACAAUGGUUGUUUGGUCCCAGCCACACAGCUGCAUGCAACCUGCCUGACCCUGCUUGACCUGGUCUAUCUUCUGCAUGAACCCAUAUAUGAAAGUCUGCUGAGGGCUUCAAUUGAGAACUCCACACCUAGUCAACUCCAAGGGGAAAAGUUUAUUUCAGUGAAGGAAGACUUCAUGCUGUUGGCAGUAGGAAUCAUUGCAGCAAGUGCUUUCAUCCAAAACCAUGAGUGCUGGAGCCAGGUCGUGGAACAUUUGCAGAGCAUCACUGGCAUUGCCUCGGAGAGCAUUGCUGAGUUCUCUUAUGCAAUCCUGACUCACAGCGUGGGAGCCAACACUCCAGGGCGACAGCAGCCUGUUCCUCCCCACCUGGCAGCCAGAGCUCUGAAGGCUCCUGCUUCCUCUAACACAUGA